CCUUCCCGCAGCAUCGCCAGGUCCAUUGAGCUUUCACAAACUUCUGCCACCGCCAACUCUUCUGAGGGUAAGCAGUAUUUUCAUUUAAGCAUUCAAAUUGUAAAAUACAUAUUUUUGAUAGAAUGAAAAUAAUGGAAAUUAUUUGUCUAUAGAGCAUGAAUUGUACAGCUGGGAGAGGUGCAGCAUCUUGUCUAUCCUACUGUACUGGUGGUUGUACUGCCCCUCUUGUGUAUCCUACUGUACUGGUGGUUGUACUGCCCCUCUUGUGUAUCCUACUGUAAUGGUGGUUGUACUGCCCCUCUUGUCUAUCCUACUGUACUGGUGGUUGUACUGCCCCUCUGGUGCAGCCUCUUGUCUGUCCUACUGUACUGGUGGCUGUACUGCCCCUCUGGUGCAGCCUCUUGUCUGUCCUACUGUACUGGUGGCUGUACUGCCCCUCUUGUCUGUCCUACUGUAGUGGUGGCUGUACUGCCCCUAUGGUGUAGCCUCUUGUCUGUCCUACUGUACUGGUCGCUGUACUUCCCCUUCGUCACAUCAAGAGGCUUGAAGAAGUUGUUUCAAAUUGUACUCUCUAUUCAAUAGUUAAUCAGGGUGAUAGCAUAAACUGUGGUUACAAAUAGAUCAAUGCAAAACAUCUAAAAUUAAUUUGAUUUAUUUUUUAAAACCAAUAAACAUUACAUUUAAAUUUGCACAGAACCUCUGGCCUGUUUCUCAAGAUCUCAGGGUACAUUGUCCAGUGCAGUGCGUGGAGAGUCCCCUUUACUGUCACCCAGAACACGCCUGGUCAGGUCCUUCAUCUCCAGUCCAUCACCUAAAUCCAAGGCAAAGGACAGUCACCACUCCGCCUCUUUGAGGCGGUCCCCAAGGAAAUCUGUUAAGAAGCUUGAAUUUAAAGACAAUCAAUCUGGUUCAUUCUGUGGCCGUCAAAAUCUCCAUGAUGCUCGUCUUAUUUUUGAUGGGGAAAAUGCUAAUGAUUUCCGCUUGCUUUCAACUCCUAAAAAAGGUCAAAGUUCAACUUGCUACAAGACUCCAGAG